AUGCCGCUGUCUUCAUUCCCCUGUGGCUCGCCCCAGUGCAGAGCCGCGCAGGCGCUGGGGGCGCGGGGGCCGCUUUUUCCCAGCAUAUUUGAAAUUCUUCAGGCAGGGAAGGACUCUCCUCCCUCUCCCCGAUCCCAGCCUCAUCCCAGCCCGGCCCCUCGCCGCUGGCACCAGCCCAGCACCACACCUCUCCCCCUGCCCGCAGGUGCGGUGGGGUGCCCACCCGUGGCGGGGGACACCAUGGGGCCACCCCCCCGUGUCCCCCUGGUCCUGCUGCUCCUGCUGGCGGUGGAGAGGACGGUCCGGGGCACCUUCCCCGAGGAGCCCGGCCCCAUCGCCGUGGCCCCUGAGGACUACGUGAAGCACUACGCCGUCUUCGUGGGCCAUGGCACCAGCCGCCCGGCCGGCCCCGAAACGGGGGGCACCCAGCGCCUCAACAUCCAGCGCAUCCUCAAGGUCAACCGGACCCUCUUCAUCGGGGAGAGGGACAACGUCUACCGUGUCAGCCUGGAGCCCACCAGUGCCAGCGAGAUGCGCUACCACCGGAAGCUGACGUGGCGCUCGAACCAGCACGACAUCAGCAUCUGCCGGAUGAAGGGGAAACAUGAGGCAGAGUGCCGGAAUUUCGUCAAGGUGCUGCUGGUGAGGAACGAGAGCCUGCUCUUCGUCUGUGGCACCAACGCCUUCAACCCCGUCUGUGCCAACUACAGCAUGGACACGUUGGAGCCCAUCGGGGACAACAUCAGCGGCAUGGCCCGCUGUCCCUACGACCCCAAGCACGCCAACGUGGCCCUCUUCACAGGGGGGAUGCUCUUCACCGCCACGGUGACGGAUUUCCUGGCCAUCGACGCCGUCAUCUACCGCAGCCUGGGGGACAGCCCGACCCUCCGCACCGUCAAACAUGACUCCAAAUGGUUCAAAGAGCCCUACUUUGUGCACGCCGUGGAAUGGAAAAGCCACGUCUACUUCUUCUUUCGGGAGAUCGCCAUGGAGUUCAACUACCUGGAGAAGGUGGUGGUGUCCAGGGUGGCCCGGGUGUGCAAGAACGACAUGGGGGGCUCGCAGCGGGUGCUGGAGAAGCAGUGGACCUCCUUCCUCAAGGCCCGGCUCAACUGCUCCGUGCCGGGCGAUUCGCAUUUCUACUUCAACGUCAUCCAAGCCGUGACAGACAUCUUGGAGCUGGACGGGCGCCCCGUGGUGUUGGCUGUCUUCUCCACACCUGCCAACAGCAUCCCCGGCUCGGCCGUCUGCGCCUUCGACAUGACCCAAGUGGCUGCUGUCUUCGAGGGACGUUUCCGGGAGCAGAAGUCCCCCGAGUCCAUCUGGACACCCGUGCCCGAGGACAUGGUGCCCAAACCCCGGCCCGGGUGCUGCGCGUCCCCGGGGAUGCGCUACAACUCCUCCAGCACCUUCCCCGACGAGAUCCUCAACUUCGUCAAGACGCACCCGCUGAUGGACGAGGCGGUGCCCUCCCUGGGCAACGUGCCCUGGAUCCUCCGCACCAUGAGCCGGUACCAGCUCCGCAAGAUCGUAGUGGACAAUGCAGCAGGGCCAUGGGGCAACCACACCGUGGUCUUCCUGGGCUCCAGCACGGGCACCGUCCUCAAGUUCCUCAUCCAGCCCAACGCCAGCACCAGCCCUGCUCCUGCUCCCCCUGGCAGCCAGAGUGUCUUCCUGGAGGAGUUUGAGACCUACCAGCCUGGGAGGUGGAUGGACACGUUGGAGCCCAUCGGGGACAACAUCAGCGGCAUGGCCCGCUGUCCCUACGACCCCAAGCACGCCAACGUGGCCCUCUUCACAGGGGGGAUGCUCUUCACCGCCACGGUGACGGAUUUCCUGGCCAUCGACGCCGUCAUCUACCGCAGCCUGGGGGACAGCCCGACCCUCCGCACCGUCAAACAUGACUCCAAAUGGUUCAAAGAGCCCUACUUUGUGCACGCCGUGGAAUGGAAAAGCCACGUCUACUUCUUCUUUCGGGAGAUCGCCAUGGAGUUCAACUACCUGGAGAAGGUGGUGGUGUCCAGGGUGGCCCGGGUGUGCAAGAACGACAUGGGGGGCUCGCAGCGGGUGCUGGAGAAGCAGUGGACCUCCUUCCUCAAGGCCCGGCUCAACUGCUCCGUGCCGGGCGAUUCGCAUUUCUACUUCAACGUCAUCCAAGCCGUGACAGACAUCUUGGAGCUGGACGGGCGCCCCGUGGUGUUGGCUGUCUUCUCCACACCUGCCAACAGCAUCCCCGGCUCGGCCGUCUGCGCCUUCGACAUGACCCAAGUGGCUGCUGUCUUCGAGGGACGUUUCCGGGAGCAGAAGUCCCCCGAGUCCAUCUGGACACCCGUGCCCGAGGACAUGGUGCCCAAACCCCGGCCCGGGUGCUGCGCGUCCCCGGGGAUGCGCUACAACUCCUCCAGCACCUUCCCCGACGAGAUCCUCAACUUCGUCAAGACGCACCCGCUGAUGGACGAGGCGGUGCCCUCCCUGGGCAACGUGCCCUGGAUCCUCCGCACCAUGAGCCGGUACCAGCUCCGCAAGAUCGUAGUGGACAAUGCAGCAGGGCCAUGGGGCAACCACACCGUGGUCUUCCUGGGCUCCAGCACGGGCACCGUCCUCAAGUUCCUCAUCCAGCCCAACGCCAGCACCAGCCCUGCUCCUGCUCCCCCUGGCAGCCAGAGUGUCUUCCUGGAGGAGUUUGAGACCUACCAGCCUGGGAGGUGUGGCCGGGACACGGAGGACGAGCGGCGGCUCCUGGGGCUGGAGCUGGACAAGGCGGCGGGGUCCCUGCUGCUGGCCUUCCCCCCGUGCGUGGCCAGGGUGCCCGUGGCUCGUUGCCAGCAGCACUCGGGCUGCAUGAAGAACUGCCUGGGGAGCCGGGAUCCCUACUGUGGCUGGACGCCCGAGGGCUCCUGCGUCUUCCUGGAGCCCAGCCCCAGGGUGACCUUCGAGCAGGACAUCGCCGGCGGCAGCACGUCCCACCUGGGCGAGUGUGAGGGGUUGGUGACGGAGAGUUUCGUGGACGAGCCGGACGGGUUGGUGUCGGUGAACCUCUUGGUGAUCUCCUCGGUGGCCGCCUUCGUCAUCGGCGCCGUCAUCUCUGGCUUCAGCGUCUGCUGGUUCAUCGGCCACCGGGACCGCAAGGAGCUGGCGCGGCGCAAGGACAAGGAGACCAUCUUGGCCCACAGCGAGUCGGUGGUGAGCGUCAGCCGGCUGGGCGAGCGGCGGGCGCGCGGCGGCCAACCCGGCGCCCUGCUGGCCCCUUUGAUGCCCAACGGUUGGCCCAAAGAAUUGGGGAAGGUCACCCAACACGACUUGGACUCGGGGGUCUUGCCCACGCCGGAGCAGACCCCUUUGCAGCAGAAACGUUGCCCCGGAGCCCUCCAAAACUGCACUUGGGAGCAGAGUCACAACAUCAUCAACGCCGCUUUGCGGGACACCGCUGGAUCCGGCACCGCCGGCGGCGCCGCUGCUCGCUUACGUGCCGGUUCCGGCCGUUCGGCUCGCGGCAUCCCCCUCUCCUGCCACGCCAUCCUGGUGGACCAGGAGCUGGAGGCUGAACUCAGCGACUCCUCGGGUGACGGCCAUUGGGGUCGGGACCCUCCGGAGGGUCCUCGUACCCGGCAGCAGCAGCAGCAGCAGCAGCAGCAGCAGCAGCAUCCCCCUCCCUCCGUCGCCGCCACCACCGGCACCCGCCGCCCACCCCGCAGCUCCUACGGUGACUUCGGUGGCACCCCCCACCCCAGCCCCGAUCGCCGGCGGGUGGUUUCGGCACCGGGAGGGGAGGGGGGAGACUUUACCGAGGGGCCACCCUGGCACCCCGAGCAGCUGAACUUCAACGCCAACAACGGCACGGGCCGCCCCGGCGCCCACCUCAAGAGGAACCACACGUUCAACAGCGGCGAGGCGGCGGCGGUGACGGCGGCGGGGGGGGGUUAUGGGAGACACGGCACGACCCCCCGAGCACCCGGUGCCGGGCCCCCCCGGGCGCUGACGGACCUCCACCACCUCCUGCGCUACGGCGUGGAGCGGACUCCCUCGGGAAAAUAGGGUCCCACCCUGUGUGUCCCCCCCAACCCAGAGCACCCACGGGGUGUCCCCCCCCCGGCCUGGGGCUCCCUGGGGACACAGAGGGGUGACUGGGUGAGGGGGGGUGAGAUGCUGCAUGGGUCAGGGUGGGGAUAGGCACCCCCAGGGUGCCCCCAAGUAGGGUUUGGGGGUGGCCGUGGUUGGUAUGGGGCAGUGCCCCACACUCCGGCUGCUUGAU